AUGCCUGGCCACUGGGUCAUUGGGUCUGGUGUUGCAGUACCGGCGCUACAUCAGUGUUAGUUUCUGGACCCACUCUUAUAAGGUAGCCUUGACGUGGCAAGUGGGCCUGCAUGUUUUGAUUAAAAGAAUGAAAUGUGUGACUUACAAGUCCCAGACAAGAGCUGCAUUUUCUGCCUUUCUCCGUGUCCUCCAGCGGUACAACGUGAAUUGUUCUUCAUCCUCAUUCCCCGGUGACUGCGGACAUUCUCAGUUGUCUAAAGAAGUUAGGCCAGGAGCAAAUACUGAUGAAAGUAAAAAAACGCUUGUCACAGCUUGUCAGAAAGUAGCAGCUCGAGAAGCCUUCAGAAAUUACAAGAUUUGUGAAGUCAGUAGAAUGUAUAGAGGACAGCAAUCAAACACAGAAGGGGAUGACAUCUGGCAUGAUAAAGGGAGAUACAGGGGAACACUGCAGUCCCAACAAUUGCAGAUGACAACAGAAAGAGAUACUCUGGUGGGAAUUACAGCUGCUAAAGAAAUGUGCAACCUGAAAACCCCACACUUCCCUAAUUUAGUUAUGCAUUUAUCCUUGAAGGACAUGAUACUUUCCCAAUUGGACCUAAUAUGGGAGAAUUAUAUUGUAUCAGCAUACAAGUCUUAUUAUUUAGAUGACUCAUUGACACUUUCUUAUGUACCCAACAUUUACAACUCUACAUUUAUUCCCAGAAAGUAUUUGGCUAGUGAAUCACACAGUGCAGAACUCCCCAAGACAUCUGUAGGUGAGGUAGGUUUUAGCACUUCCUAUGGUAAUUUUACUGCUCAAAUGCACGGUCAAGUCAAAGAGACCAUUGGGACCAGCUAUGUACAGGGAGCUAUUACAAUAAAGAAUCUAUGGCGUAAGAGAAAACUAAGAGCUCAGUUAGAUGAUGCAGAGAGCAGAGCAAAGAGGUCUGUGAACCUAACCAGAUGUGCUGAUUCACUUCCUUAUUUAAUGAAUUUUAAUGAAAAAACAAAUAUAGAUUUUAUUUCUUACGCCACAAUACAAAGUAAGCAUGAGGACAGAUUUCCGAAACCUUGUCAUAACCUACAAGCUUUCUCUGAGAAAAAUACAUCUAUGUCUUUGUUAAGAAGCGCUCAGGAAACAUGCUGCAAUGUCAAACGUGGUUCUAAAAUCUCUGAUGAUGGAUGUUACUUUGGGUCAGUGCUAAAGUCAUUGGUUAUAUCAUCUUCUUCACUUGGUGCUACAGAAGAGGUUUUUAGUAGCACUUUCAUUCCUCAAACUGACAGAUCUGUUGAUUAUACUACGCUAUGUGGUAGUCUGCUACAGAAAGGACGCUGUAAAGUUCCAGCUGAGUCUGAUGAAAGCCUUUGUUUGACAAACAACACUGACAGUAAUAUUAAUCUGCAUGUCAGACUGUCAGUGCAUCCUAGUACACUAACUUCCGAUGUUAUUCUUAGUAAUAUUAACUGCACCAAAGCGGGUGAGCGACAAGGACAAGGUUGUUUCAACAGGGCAGCCUGUGAAAGGGCAAGGAUGAAGGCCAAAAUGGCCGAUGCUGCAAGCACAUUAAAAAGUUCUCAAAAAAAUAAGUCAUUGUUGUCUCGUUUUGAUCAUUGUGGCAAUAAUAAUAAGUCGUUUUUGCCAGGAGCAAAAUCAUUUUCAACACAACUCAAUUACCCCCUUGCAAAGCAACAUUUCCUCAAGGACAUCAACUUUUCAAUUCUUGCAGAUUCAUUACUUAGAACAUCAAAAAAUGACUUUUCAUUUUUACACAGCACUGGCUUGCAAAGUGCUUCUCAAAGAGUGUCUUCCCACGAAAUGACUGACGAAGCAAUCUCAUUGAAACAUGAAGGCCUAAUGUAUGAACAAGCAGAAGUAGAGGUUUCUCUUGGCACCGAAGAUAUAAAUAAGAGCAGUGGAAGAGCUAAUCUGGGCUAUAAUAGUGCACUUAGAAAACAAGACUUCUGUUUUCCUUCACACUUCCAGAAUGGAGUUGACAAUAAACAGCCCCAAAAAGAGACAUCUGGAAACAAAGUAGAUUUUUAUAUGGAGUCUGGCUGUUUAAAGCAGGUGUCUGGUACGGAAAUUUUUCCCAAAAUCUGUUCAGAGAAAUAUUUGGUGGAAGCAAAAAGUGGCAAUUCCGAAGAGACAUAUUGUUCUUUCCGGAGUGAGAUGUUGUUUGACAAAAGCAGAUCCAGACAGAACGACUUGACUACAAAGGAAGACAAACCCACAGAGAGCAAAUCAAAGUGCCUUAACAUAAAACAGCACAACCAUCAAUUCUAUACAAAAGACACUGAAGAUAAAGAAAGUAAUGAAAAUACAUUAAAUGAAAAUAUGAAAAGUGACGCUACUCAGUAUCAUAAUAUAGUGAAUGCCUCUAUAGGUGACAAGGUUAUGGAAGAUGAUACAGAAGUUCAUAUAACUCUUAGCAAUUACGAUAAUACAAAAGAAGAAAACCAACAUGUGAAGUUAUAUGUUUUGGAUGGACUUUUAAAUGGGAGCACAGUGUCCUCAGUAUGUGUGAAAACCACAAGAAACAGUAAACAAAUAUGUGAUCAAGUCAAUGAAAUUAAAAUAGAAGAAUCUCUACAGGUUACCAAAGAAACAGAUACAGAUGCUUCCAGGGAAGGUAGUCAAGUGCUGCUAAAAAAUACAGAAUUUGAGAUGAAAGCCCAGUUUGAUUUGGUUCUAGAGGAACUAAGGAUGUUUCAUACGAUUGAAGAAGUAAAAGUUGAACAUUUUAAGGAAGAUGAGGGAAACAUACUUAAACAUAGUUGUAGUAAUACCAAGGAGUUACAAGAUAAAAUCAAAGAACAUUUUCCUAGUAAUAAAGUUACAGUUGGCAGCAAUAGAGAAGUUUUAGGAACAAAAAAAGACAAUAUAAGUAAACAAAAUAUUCCUGCUGAAGUCAUUGAGCAGGCGGUGCCUCAACAAAAUAUGCCUUCCUACCAGGGUGAUGAGGAAUCCUUGUAUUCUGCUGAAAAGAUAGAAGACAUUCCAAAAUCUUUAUCCUGGACACCAGCUUUUCUGAAAAAAAGUGACAAAGAAGAAAAUGUUAUAUCAUACACUGAGAAAGCAGUGACAUUUUCUCAUGGGAUCGGAAGAGUGACACCACUCAAGACACGCACAGGUCCUCUUAGGAUUGGCCUGUCAAAGAAAGCAAAGAUUAAACAGCUUCAUCCUUAUCUCCAAUAGAAGAUUCAUAUUCCAGAGAUGGCAUAAAUAGAUUGUUUUACUCUAUUACUAUUGUUCAAAGAAAUACGUCCUAUUGGAAAGACAUGUUGAAUGUAGGAUGAUUUACAGGUGUUUAGAUGUUUUAAAUAAAUGAUUUAAUUAAAUUAAAUGUGGAAACUGUUCUUGUUUCUUUGUUUCUAGACAUAUCUUAAAGACAACAGCCAAGAACGCAGUCAAGGUUUUUGAAGUCCAUAUUAUCUCUGUAAAUGCUCCGAUCAAUUUUAUUUGUGAUGUUUACACAGGGAAAACAUAUCAGUUCUCUUUAAGCAUUUAAGCAGAUUUCUUACCAACAGCACCUUUUACCUGUCCACAGCAGGGGUGACGCGUAUCAAAUUGGCGGAGGUCUCACCACUUUGGGUCCUAUUUUACUAACCAGUCCUCAAUAGGGUGACCUCUGUUAUUUUGAUCUGUGUGGGUCCCAGCAGGCCCAGAUCCUACAAUGUAGUUAAUAUUUGUAUUGUGUUACAAGUUGUUGUAGAUUAACAUCAUAAGUUGUCAUUUAUCUCA